CCAAACACCAACGUCACGCUCGGUUCUGGCGCAGCACCUACGUCUCUCUGCCCCGCCCUCCACUCGCUUCCGCAAUAGCUUCUCCGGCGCAUGCGCCCUAGGCCGCUGGCGCUGCUGCGCAGGCGCAACGCCUGCGCCCGGCCUCUUGCGUAGGCGCAGUGUCUGAAGUUCAUACGCGGGCGCAGGCGUACUCGUCUCUCUUGCAGCCUGCUUCCGCAGCCCUGGAGUUGGACCCGGCUUGGGUGGGCCUCGACAGCGGCGGCACGGACGACGGCGAUAGUGACAGGGACUGCGUGAGUCCGGACGGAAAUGGCGAUGGCGAUGUCAGACAGCGGGGCGAGCCGCCUGCGGCGGCAGCUGGAGUCGGGCGGCUUCGAGGCGCGGCUGUACGUGAAGCAGCUCUCGCAGCAGUCGGACGGAGACCGAGACCUGCAGGAGCACCGGCAGCGCAUCCAGGCGCUGGCGGAGGAGACGGCGCAGAACCUGAAGCGCAACGUCUACCAGAACUACCGGCAGUUCAUAGAGACGGCCCGCGAGAUCUCCUACCUGGAGAGCGAGAUGUAUCAGCUCAGUCACCUGCUGACCGAGCAGAAGAGCAGCCUGGAGAGCAUCCCGCUUACCCUGCUGCCGGCUGCCGCCGCCGCGGGGGCCGCCGCCGCCUCCGGAGGGGAGGAGGGGGGAGGCGGCGCGGGGGUCCGCGACCACCUCCGGGGCCAGGCUGGCUUUUUCCCCAGCCCCGGGGGUGCCUCCCGCGACAGUUCUGGGCCAGGCGAGGAAGGAAAGCAGCGCACUCUCACCACCCUGCUUGAGAAGGUGGAAGGCUGCAGGCACCUGCUGGAGACGCCGGGACAGUACCUGGUGUACAACGGGGACCUGGUGGAAUACGAGGCGGACCACAUGGCCCAGCUGCAGCGGGUGCACGGCUUUCUCAUGAACGACUGUUUGCUGGUGGCCACCUGGCUGCCACAGCGGCGGGGGAUGUAUCGCUACAACGCCCUCUAUCCCCUGGAUGGUUUGGCCGUGGUCAAUGUCAAGGACAACCCGCCCAUGAAGGACAUGUUCAAGCUGCUCAUGUUUCCUGAGAGCCGUAUUUUUCAAGCGGAAAACGCAAAAAUCAAACGAGAGUGGCUGGAAGUGCUGGAGGAAACCAAGAGGGCCCUCAGUGAAAAAAGACGCAGGGGGCAGGAGGAGGCAGCUGCCCCUCGAGGGCCACCCCAGGUGACUUCCAAGGCUGGCAACCCAUUUGAGGACGAAGACGACGGCGAACCAGCUGUUCCCGAGGCAGAAGAAGAGAAGGUGGACCUCUCAGUGGAAUGGAUCCAGGAAUUGCCUGAAGACCUGGAUGUCUGUAUUGCCCAGAGGGACUUUGAAGGGGCCGUCGACCUGCUGGAUAAAUUGAACCGUUACCUGGAAGAUAAGCCCAGCCCACCUCCUGUGAAAGAACUAAGGGCCAGAGUGGAUGAGCGUGUCCGCCAGCUCACUGAGGUGCUAGUGUUUGAACUCUCCCCGGAUCGGUCCCUGAGAGGUGGUCCCAAGGCUACCCGCCGGGCGGUUUCUCAGCUAAUCCGGCUUGGCCAGUGCACGAAGGCUUGUGAGCUGUUUUUGAGAAACAGGGCAGCAGCUGUGCAUACUGCAAUACGCCAGCUUCGCAUUGAAGGUGCCACUUUACUCUACAUUCAUAAGCUCUGCCACGUCUUCUUUACCAGCCUUCUGGAGACCGCCAGGGAAUUUGAGACGGACUUUGCGGGCACCGACAGCGGCUGCUACUCUGCCUUUGUGGUCUGGGCGAGGUCAGCCAUGGGCAUGUUUGUGGAUGCUUUUAGCAAGCAGGUGUUUGAUAGUAAGGAGAGCCUCUCCACGGCGGCUGAGUGUGUAAAAGUGGCAAAGGAGCAUUGUCAGCAGCUGGGCGACAUCGGACUAGACCUCACCUUCAUCAUCCACGCCCUCCUGGUGAAAGACAUCCAAGGGGCCCUACACAGUUACAAAGAAAUCAUCAUCGAAGCCACGAAGCAUCGCAACUCCGAGGAGAUGUGGAGGAGGAUGAACUUGAUGACUCCAGAGGCCCUGGGGAAACUCAAAGAGGAGAUGAAGAGCUGUGGAGUGGGUAACUUCGAGCAGUACACGGGGGAUGACUGCUGGGUGAACCUCAGUUACACGGUGGUUGCUUUCACCAAACAGACCAUGGGCUUCUUGGAAGAGGCCCUGAAGCUGUAUUUCCCGGAGCUGCACAUGGUGCUUUUGGAGAGCCUGGUGGAAAUCAUUUUGGUUGCUGUUCAGCACGUGGAUUACAGUCUUCGAUGUGAGCAGGAUCCAGAGAAGAAGGCUUUUAUCAGGCAGAAUGCAUCCUUUCUGUAUGAAACUGUCCUCCCCGUGGUGGAGAAAAGGUUUGAGGAGGGUGUGGGGAAACCCGCCAAGCAACUCCAGGACCUGAGAAAUGCAUCGAGACUGAUGCGUGUGAAUCCCGAAAGUACAACGUCAGUGGUCUGAUGCCUGGACCUGUUUAUGUGUAUCCGUGUAUAUUGCUUAUGGAUUAUUUAUAUUAAGUUGCAGUAGCGUAUUCUUUAUAGUCUCAAACAUGUCUUAAAAAUAAAAGAUGCCCUCUCGGAUAGAAGUGCAAAAUCACAAGGAGAAAGAAAAAAAAUGUUAAGUUAAGGCCAUAUGACGAAAACAUUGGAAUUAUUAAAAUAUAUGCUUUCCUUUUAAAUUAUGCAG